AGCCGUGCAAUGCGUUGCCUCGUCUUGUAAUUUAAUUGUGCUUUCGAUAUUACGCGUGACACAUAUCGAACCCUUCACGGAAUAUAUAUGCCGGUCCAUUGACUUCCGCUGACCAAGCAGCAACUAUCGGAAGCCGUAGCGCACUUACAUCCAGCCAAAGACUUCAGGAUCAACUUGGAUCUGCGGAUGUACUUCUCAAUAUGGAUAUUCGUGCUUGUGCAAUUCACACGUACGAAAUAUACAUCUGGCGAGGAAACAAUCUUAAAUUCUCCUCGUGGACCAUGCGAGGGAUACAAACAGGGCGAAGACGAUCUUCAAACAUUCGACUUCAUCAGCAAGUUGAAACUAGAUCUUUUGGAGACACAUUACACUGGCGUGACGCGAGUCAGAGGUAGCAAUCGUAUGCAAAUCGCCUACCGAUUGGAAAAAGAUACAGACAUCACUCAACCAACCAAAGUUAUACUCCCAAACGGAUUGCCAGAGGAAUUCAGCACGGCUUGCACAUUUAGGGCCAGAAAACUGCCAAAGUAUACUUGGCACAUUAUCAGAAUCGUCGACAUGGAAAACGAGCCCCAGUUUUUAAUCGCAAUGAACCCAAAAAUUCAGACUUUGGAUUUAUCCGUGAAGAACCAGACAGGGGAACUGGAAACGGUGUCGUUUUCGGCCGAUCGUAUCUUCGACAAAAAUUGGCACAAAAUUAAUGUUGGAGUCUUCAAGGAUAGGCUGGUGGUGUAUAUAGAUUGCGAAUACAUUGACACACAAGACUUGGAUCCACGAGGAACAAUCAAAGUGGAUGGCGACAUAUCGAUAUCGAAAAUAUCACACAGCAAAAAUGUUACUGUACCGAUCGAUAUUCAGUGGAUGGUUUUAAAUUGCGAUCCUACGAGGCCAGAGAGAGAGACCUGUGAGGAACUGCCGAAGAGCCUUAGCAGCCCUUUAUUACCUCAGAGAAGACCUGGCUGCGAAAUUAUCUGUCCACAGGGACCACCGGGAAUUAAUGGCACUAAUGGUUUACCGGGUUUAACCGGAUUACCCGGACCACCUGGACCUAUUGGAGAACCCGGCUUACCUGGACAGCCGGGUUUACGCGGAUCACCUGGAGAGCAAGGCAAAGUAGGACCACAAGGAUUCACUGGUGCACGUGGAUUUCCCGGAAAUCCAGGUCCUAAAGGAUCUAUUGGGCAAAUUGGACUACCUGGAGCAAAAGGAGAAAAUGGCGAAAGAGGGGACAUGGGAUUUCCAGGGUUGAAAGGAGACCAAGGCCUUCCGGGACCACAAGGUUAUCCAGGUCCUCCAGGUCCACCAGGAAAGAUCAGUGACUAUCGUGAUGCUAUACCAAAAUUUGUAGGCCCACCAGGGUCUCCGGGAUAUCCAGGUCAAAAGGGUUCGAAGGGUGAACAAGGAGAACGCGGCGACGAAGGGAAACAAGGUCAAAAAGGUGAGCCAGGAGAACGAGGUUUUCCAGGGCAAGACGGGUCUCCUGGUUCAGAAGGAAGAUCAGGGCUUCCUGGCUUUCCUGGACCUAAAGGAGAAAUAGGAUUCCCGGGAGUACCAGGUCCUCAGGGAUUGCAAGGUCUUCGUGGUGAAGCUGGUGCACUAGGACCACCUGGAAUUCAGGGUCAAAAAGGAGAAGCUGGAGAACCAGGUCGUGAUGGUUUGCCAGGUUCGAUGGUCGGUUCCAUUCUACCAGGACCACCUGGUCCUGAAGGUCCCCGUGGUUCACCAGGAGAAGAUGGUUUACCAGGAGUGAAAGGAGAACCUGGUCCUGUUGGUCCACCGGGUCUCCCAGGUUUGCAAGGAAAGGAUGGCGCUCCUGGUUCUCUAGGACCCCCAGGAUCACAGGGUUCACCCGGUUUACCUGGAGAACCAGGUGUCCCAGGUCCUCGAGGAAUCGAAGGUGCUAUUGGUAAACCAGGACUACCAGGACUCGAUGGACGAUCUGCAGAAAAAGGCGACAGAGGUCAUCAAGGAGAACAAGGUCCUGUUGGACCACGCGGUUUACCUGGGAGUGUUGGUGCACCGGGUUUACCUGGAGUCGCUGGUAUUCCAGGAUUAGAAGGGCGGCCAGGUCCUCCAGGUGCCCCAGGUCCUCCAGGACCAGCAGGACCACCAGGAACAAUUUCAGACAUGUUAAAUACAAAUAAUAUAUUGGAAACUAUCGGCAGUCCAGGGGUUAGUGGACCAAGAGGUGCGUCAGGUGCUCCAGGAUUACCAGGUGAGAGAGGACCUCCUGGAGAACGAGGUCCAGAGGGUCAAAUGGGACUACCGGGAAUACCAGGAAAAGAUGGGGCUCCAGGACUUCAAGGACCGCCAGGGAUUAGAGGGCAGACAGGAAUGCCAGGAGUUCAAGGACCGCCAGGCCGAAGUAUCAUUGAGUCAGAAAUUCGAGAAAUAUGUACCAGUGUGUUACGAGAACAGAUGACUGAGAUGGCAGCACAGAUGCAAGGUCCACCUGGUCCACCUGGUCGAGGCCGUCCAGGUCGUCCUGGAUCACCUGGUCCACAAGGUCGCCCAGAGAGGCUGAAAACACUAACAGAAGGUCUACGAGGGCCACCCGGGUUGCCGGGGCUGGCCCGACAGGGUCGUCCCGGUCGAAUAGGAACCCAGGGCAUCCCAGGUGAUCCAGGUCUCCCAGGUUUACCCGGAGAGCGUGGAUUUGUCGGAUUACCAGGACCACAAGGCGCCAUAGGUCCUCAAGGUUCACCUGGUGAACGGGGUGAGAAGGGCGAUAAAGGUCAGGAAGGCGUUGGCGUAGAAGGUCCAAUGGGUCCGCGAGGACCGCCUGGACCACCUGGUAAUGAUGGCGUUGGAUUGCCUGGAAGGCAAGGAGAACGGGGGGAACCAGGCAGGCCAGGCAUUCCUGGGAUGAGGGGGCCACCUGGACUUCACGGAUUACCCGGAUUUUGCGAAUUCUGUAAUUAUCCAAGCGCCACUUACUUACAGUAUUCUCGCAGCGAUGAGAAAGGGCCCUAAAAUCAUAAGUAUUUUUAGGAAUUAAAAAAAAUAUUUAGAUAUAAGAAGAGCAGUUAACAUCGCAAAUACGAUUAACCUUUCGCUUAGCAAACAGUUAAAGCAUCUUUCAAACCACUGCCAUAUGAAAAGAAUACUUUUUGUCGAUCAUGCGUGUUUAAUAAAAUAAGUAUUCGUCAGUGAA